UCUAAACGACUAGAAAUGUCAAUCUGAGCAAGGGAGUCCCAAUAAUCUAAAGCAAUCUGUAAGGACCUGACCUUAGUCCGUCCAGAUCAAUAGGGAAGUGAGGGUGGAAAGGAGAAGAAGAGGAAGAAACCAGGGGCGCCACCGGAUCGCUCGCACUGGCUGUUACCAGAGGAAAUAUAGACUUCCCUUCGCUCGCACCUUUUGUCGCUCCCAUGCUCGCACUGUAAAAGUGGAUAUCGAGGGCAAUUCCUUUGCUUUGUGCGAUUGCAGCAGCAGCAGCAGCAGCAGACCUCGUCCCCCCCCUUCUCCUGUCGCCAUGUCUUUCCCUCAGCUGGGAUAUCAGUACAUCCGACCGAUAUACCCGCCGGAGCGCCAGGGGAUCGCCGGCAACGCGCGCGCCGGCACGGAGCUCAGUCCGUCCGGCGCGCUCUCCAACGUCCUCUCCUCCAUGUACGGAUCUCCGUUCGCCGCGGCGGCGCAGGGCUACGGAGCGUUUCUGCCCUACUCCAACGACAUAUCCAUAUUCAAUCAGCUGGGUGCUCAGUAUGAACUGAAGGACAGCCCCGGUGUCCAGCACCCAGGCUUCGCCCACCACCACCCCGCGUUUUACCCGUACGGCCAGUACCAGUUCGGCGACCCGUCCAGACCCAAGAACGCCACCAGGGAGAGCACCAGCACCCUGAAGGCCUGGCUCAGCGAGCACCGCAAGAACCCCUACCCCACCAAGGGCGAGAAGAUCAUGCUGGCCAUCAUCACCAAAAUGACGCUCACCCAGGUGUCCACCUGGUUCGCCAACGCGCGCAGGAGGCUAAAGAAGGAGAACAAGAUGACCUGGGCCCCCCGGAACCGCACCGACGAAGAGGGGAAUGUUUACGGCAGCGAUCACGAGGGGGAGGAGGGCGACAAGAGGGAGGACGAGGAGGAGAUCGACCUGGAGAACAUCGACACGGAGAAUAUUGAGAACAAGGACGACCUGGACGACCAGGACGACCUGCAUUCAGACAUUAAGCUCGACGGCAGGAGCGACUCGGAGAUUUCCGACGGCUAUGAGGAUUUACAAGGGCCCGAGCAGAGGUUUCUGAAGGCGGUGGGCAAAGAGGGCAAAGACGCGGAGAGAGCGGGGGAGCACUUCCACACGCACCACACGCACCACACGCACCACCACCACCCCCCCCUGGACAUCAGAGCGUCCCAGGGCCACGGCGAGCAGCUCAAACUGAACCCGGUGUCCGUGAGCUCGCCGCCGUCGGAGAACAACGCGGCCCCGGCCCAGAAGCCAAAGAUCUGGUCGCUGGCGGAGACGGCCACGGCGCCGGACAACCCGCGCAAGUCGCCGCAGACGAACGGCAGCAACUCGGCGGGGCCCACCGCGCAGAGCCUGGUCGCCCCGCACAGACUCAUCUCGUCGUGUCCCGUCGGCAAAAUCCAGAACUGGACGAACCGGGCCUUCUCGGCGCACCAGCUGGCGUUACUGAACUCCAACCACUACCUGGGACUGGCCAACCAGGCCGCCGCCACCGGCCUGGCCCUGUACAGCGGCCGGCACGCGGAGGACAAGAGUCCCGGUGCAGAGACUCCAGUCACAGGUACAUGUCCCCGACACUGAGACGCGCGUGUAGGAAACAAAGACACUCGUCCUUUUCCCGUUCAUUCAUUCUUUUCUAUUAUGAUUUUAUUACUUUCUUCUUCUUUUUUUUUCCAACCUCCUUUUGCCUCCUCUUUUGUCUGUUCAUGGAAUUUUUUUUUUAUUUUUCAUUUUUUCUUUCGCUCUCUAUAGGCCACACAGAUGAUCAGUGUUACAGAGUGCAGUUUCAGAAUGUGUGUGCGCGCGUGUGUGUGUGCGCGUGCGCGCGCGCGUGUGUGUGUGUGUCUGACUGCUUGUCCGACAGGAUUAUUAUGGAAACCUCCUCAGAAAGCAAUUACGAAAAUGUGGAAAUUGGUGAAAACUGUUCUUUUUUUUUUUUUUUACUUUUUUCGUCCCCUUCCUAUAUUUGGUACCGUUACAUCCAUGUGAUAUUAUUGUCCACGUGCUUUGUUUUUAAUGGUUUACACACCAAAAAAAACCUCGACCCAUUAAACCCCACCAGUUUUCAAAGCUACAUUGAGCUGAAGGCUCGGGUAGUUCACUCGAUAUGCAUUUUAAUUUCCACUGCCACAUGUUUCAGAGAGAUCUUAGUGCCUUGGACGCAGAAGGGAAGUUGCUAAUAACAGCUUUCCACCCGGUUCAAAAAUAGUGAGGCUGUCAGUCAAUGACUGUUGGGAUUUUUCUGUUUGAUGCCAUGACACAUUUUUAAACGCCAUAUUUACCCGCAUUAGCUUUAAUUCUAGGUUGUUGUCCUGAUUUUUUUUUAUUUGUUUGUUUUUUUAUCCCUGUGUGUGUGUGUGCUUGUGAUAUUUCGUCAAGGCCCAUGUUACACUUGUUUGGUCAUGCAAAUGAGCUCAAUGCAAAUUCAGUACAGGCUAGUUUUGAAAGGCAAUUGUCACUUUUUAUAUCAAUUUCUGUUACGGCUCCUCGUGAGGCUAUUAUUGGUGUUUUUCUUUUCUUUAUUUCGUUUCACCCCUGUAUAUUUCAGGCCUCAGAACCAACUAGAAGCAGCGAUGGUUCUUUGGGCUCCCUCCUCUCCCCCUCACACAUCCUCUCUUCUCUUUCUUUUUGGUUUUGUUUUAUUUGAAUAUGGAAUGUAAAAUAAUAAUAAUGCAUCUCUGUAUACUUACAUUGUAAGCAUGUCCUGUGUAAAACUGCUAAUGUAAUAAUGUAUGAACCUGUAGUCUGUGAGUUUUUUUUUUCUUUUCCUUUUCCUUUUUCUUUUUGUAAGUUCUGUGAGGAUUCGAUGUUGAAAAAUGUUUUGUAUAUAACGUUAAGAAUAUGUACAUACUUGUGAACUAAAAUUGUACAAGAAAGUCUAUAUUUUGGCUAAUAAAUGAACUGCUGCAACUUUAAA